AAGGGAGAAAAGGGAGGAGAAGAAGAAGAGAGAGAAGAGGAGGGAUAACACAAUAUUUUCUCCUUUUUAUGUUCUACAGCGUACAGUCUGGCCGUCCCUUCGACCGCGUUAACGCGCUUUCGGUCGCUCCUCCAAGUUCCUAUUUAUAUCUCCCCCAUUCGCCCUUGCUUCCUUAGCAGGUGCAGCAAGGCAUUUGCACGAACACCUCACUGCCCAGCCACUCCCCUCCAUCUCCCCCACCGCCAUCUUGGAUCCACAUUGUCGCUAUUGAUCGAUUCAAGAAAAGCAGUGAAUAGGAAAGAGAUGAUGAGGUUGAUGGAAGCUGAGCUGUUUCCUUCGACGCCGGGGAAGGUGAAGAUCGAGCGGGCGCACACGAUCAAUCGACAGUUCAACCGGUGUUUCGCAUCCACGAGCACCAUGUUCCUGUGGGCGCUGUUCUUGAUCGCCCUCACGGCUUCCUACCUCAGCUUCCAGAGCUUCGUCGACACCUCCUCCCGCUACUUCAACGCAUCGUGGGGCGGGAUGCACUGGGAGAAGCAGAUCCGGGCCUCCGCCACGGUUCGUCGCCCCGGUGGCAUGUCCGUGCUCGUCACCGGCGCCGCUGGGUUCGUGGGCACUCACGUCUCCCUCGCGCUCCGCAAGCGCGGCGACGGCGUGGUCGGUCUCGACAACUUCAACAGCUACUACGAUCCCUCGCUGAAGAAGGCCCGCGAGGCGCUUCUGGAAUCCCAUGGCGUGUUCGUGGUGGAAGGGGACAUCGACGACGCCCGCCUCCUUGCCAAGCUCUUCGACGUCGUGCCCUUCACCCACGUUAUGCACCUGGCAGCCCAGGCCGGCGUGCGCUACGCCAUCGAGAACCCGGCGUCGUACGUGCACAGCAACAUCGCCGGGCUCGUCACGCUGCUGGAGGCGUGCAAGUCCGCGGACCCGCAGCCGGCGGUGGUUUGGGCGUCGUCCUCGUCGGUGUACGGCCUCAACGAGAAGGCGCCCUUCUCGGAGGCGGACCGCACCGACCGACCGGCCUCCCUGUACGCGGCCACGAAGAAGGCCGGCGAGGAGAUCACCCACACCUACAACCACAUCUACGGCCUCUCCAUCACGGGGCUCCGCUUCUUCACCGUCUACGGGCCCUGGGGCCGCCCCGACAUGGCCUACUUCUCCUUCACCCGCAACAUCCUCCAGGGGAAGCCCAUCACCGUUUACCGCGGCAAGAAUCGCGUCGACCUCGCCCGCGACUUCACCUUCAUCGACGACAUCGUCAAGGGCUGCGUCGCCUCCCUCGACACCGCGGAGAAGAGCACCGGGAGCGGCGGCCGGAAGGGGAGCCCGGCGCAGUACCGCAUCUACAACCUGGGCAACACCUCGCCGGUGACGGUGCCGGCGUUGGUGGGCAUCCUGGAGCGCCACCUAAAGGUGAAGGCGAAGAAGAACGUGGUGGAGAUGCCGGGCAACGGAGACGUCCCGUUCACUCAUGCCAACAUCAGCUUGGCGCGGGCCGAGCUGGGCUACAAGCCGACCACCAACCUAGAGACCGGCCUGAAGAAGUUCGUCAGAUGGUACCUCUCCUACUACGGCUACAGCCCCAGAAGCGGCGGCUCGGCAGCAGAAGCAACAACAGGAUCAGCCAAGAGCUUGUAAAGAUGCCUCUUUUCCUUUGGUUUCCGGAUCGAUUUUUGUUAAAGUUAGGUCCUUUUUCUUC